AUGGCGCCGCCGCCCGCGGACGAGGAUGGCGGCACCCCCACGGCCCCGUACGCGCUGCUGCAGCCGGCGCCGGCGUCGCCCUUCCUGGACGAGAUCGACGCCGACAGCAUCCUGGGCAGCGACGUGGUGGACGUCCACGUGGAGGACGCGACGGACGUCGGGGAGGACACUCUGAGCCAGAUCCCGGAGGCCACCAAGCCCGCAGAGGGGGGGCCAAAGCAAGACGGGGAGGAGGACGUAGCCGAGUACCGCUACGUCCACCUGAACGCGCCCGAGAAGAACGCGGCGCUGGGCUACUGCAGCAACCUGGUCAUCACGAGCCGCUUCACGCUGUACAACUUCCUGCCCAAGCUGCUCUUCUACGAGUUCAGCAAGCUGGCCAACGCCUACUUCCUCGUCAUCUCCGUCAUGCAGACCAUCAAGCCCAUCUCCAACACGGGCGGCUUCCCGGCCUCGCUGCCGGCGCUCUCCAUCAUCGUGCUCAUCGACAUGUUCUUCGCCUGCAUGGAGGACUACAAGCGCCACAAGGCCGACCACAUCGCCAACAACAUGCCCUGCCAGCGAUUCAACCGAGACGCGAGGGCCUUCGAGCCGGCCACGUGGCACACGCUGCAGGUCGGAGACGUGGUCAAAGUGGCCAACCGAGACCCCGUCCCGGCUGAUCUGGUGAUCCUCGGAGCCUGCGAGCCGGACCCGACCAACCCCGCGGGCAUUUGCUACGUCGAGACCAAGUCGCUGGAUGGAGAGACGAAUCUGAAGCUGAGACAGGGACUUGAGGCCACCUACACGGCGCUGCUCAGUGACGCGGCCGUGGGGGACCUCAAGGGGACGGUGGUGUGCGAGACGCCUAACAACUCCAUCCACCGCUUCAGCGGCUCCAUGACGCUCGAGGGAGGCAAGAAGGAGGUCAUCACGACCAACGCCAUUGCGCUGCGCGGCUCGACGCUGCGGAAUACCGAGUACAUUUACGGUCUGGUCGUGAACACGGGCCCGGACACCAAGAUCAUGAUGGCCUCGUCGUCCGAGCCCAUGAAGUGGAGCAACAUGGAGAGGCGCCUGAACAAGCAGAUCCUGUACAUUUGUAUGCUCAUGGUGGCGCUGUGCCUGACCGGCGCCAUCUUGUCGACAGUUUGGAACACUUCGAAUCUGGACAAGGACUCGCACAAGGGCGCGUGGUAUUUGUACGACGGCAAUUCAACGGCGGUCAAGUCACCGGUGGGGAACUUUGUGAUCAUGGUGCUGUACUACUUCCUGCUGCUGAACUCGUUCAUCCCCGUGUCGCUGUACGUCAGUAUGACGUCCGUGAAGUUCAUGCAGUCGUACUUCAUGAACAACGAUUUGGAGAUGUAUCACGAGGAGACGGACACGCCGUGCCAGGUGCGCACCAUGUCUUUGAACGAGGAGUUGGGACAGAUCGACUACAUCUUCUCGGACAAGACGGGCACGCUGACGUGCAACAUCAUGGAGUUCCGCAAGUGCUCGAUUAAUGGUGUGGCGUAUGGAUUGGGUGAAACAGAGGUUGGCAUUGCCGCGCGUAAGCGCCAACAGGAAGAGGCUCCAACGACGUCUUCGUUCUACGCUGUGACCCCCGGCGGUGGCUAUGCAGCUCCAAUGAGGAAAGACCGUGUUGACACUGCGCCGGAUUCAAACAACCCGCCUACGGACCGUAUCGUGAAGGCGCCGUUCGUUAACUAUCAGGAUGACGCUCUCUUCGAUGCCUUGGCACAGAAGAACACCUCUCAGGCUAAAGCUAUUGGAUCAUUUUUCGAGCACCUGGCUGUAUGCCACACUGUCAUGCCUGAGCGAGCCCCGGACAACAGUCUUCGCUUGAGCGCAUCGUCACCUGAUGAACAAGCGCUCGUAGCUGCGGCUGCUUGCUUUGGCUACAAAUUCGUGGCGCGUGGUCCCGGUAAGGCAAUGGUGGAGUACUUUUCAUGCGUGGACCACCCCGAAGACAUGGUUUGCAACCAGCCAGUCGCGGGCCACGCUGUCGGCACUUACGAGGUCCUGGAAGUGCUCGAGUUUAACAGUACGCGCAAGCGUAUGUCCGUUGUCGUAAAGGGCCCAGGUGGUGAAUUAAAACUAUUCUGCAAGGGAGCAGACACUGUUAUGUACGAGCGCCUGAGACCGACCAACGACCCUUCCGUCAAGCAAACGCGCAAUUUGACACUACAACACAUGGAGCAGUUCGCAUCUGAGGGACUGCGUACUUUAGUGAUCGGUACGACCGACAUUGACCGCGAGUUCUUCGAGUCAUGGGUCAUCCGCUACCGCACAGCUAUCAAUGAUAUGCGCCAGAUUGAUCUUCGUCGCAAUGGCGAGGACAACGAUAUCGACCGGCUUAUGGAGGAAAUUGAGGUGAACCUUGAUAUCUUGGGCGCCACAGCUAUCGAGGACCGACUGCAAGCUGAAGUGCCCGACACUAUUUACAAGUUGCGCCAAGCGUCCAUCAAGAUCUGGAUGCUUACGGGCGAUAAGGAGGAGACGGCUAUCAACAUCGGCUUCGCUUGUCGCCUGCUAGCUUCAGACAUUGAGCGGGUCGUGAUUUCUGCAGAUACACACCCGGACUUGGCUUCUAUUGUAGAUGAACUGGAAGCAUACAGCCGUGAAGAUGAAAAUGAGGACACUUCUGCAUCGACGCCCGCUGGAGGCCUCGCUACUAUGUCGGUGACGUCUGAUAUUCGAAACUCCUCGGUCUCGAUAAGAAACCAGCGCAAACGAAUGACUCGCAUCGAGAGUAUGGCGGAGAUGCCGCAGCAAGAUCUAGCUUUGGUCAUUGAUGGCGAGACGUUGGAGCUGGCGCUGGAAGAAUGCCCCGAAUUGCUACUGAAGGUAGCUGAAAAGUGUGUGGCAGUGAUUGCAUGCCGCGUGUCUCCUGCCCAGAAGGCGCAGCUGGUGCGUCUUGUGCGCGAUAACAACCCAGAAGUCCGAACGCUGGCUAUCGGUGACGGCGCUAAUGACGUCUCGAUGAUUCAAGCUGCACACGUCGGUGUUGGUAUCUCGGGCCAAGAGGGAAUGCAGGCCGCGAAUUCGUCGGACUAUGCCAUCGCGCAGUUCCGCUUCCUGUCGAGGCUAUUACUUGUUCACGGUCGCUGGAAUUAUGUCCGCAUGGGCAAGCUUAUCCUGUACAUCUUCUACAAGAAUGUCAUUCUGAACUUGACGCAGUUCUGGUACAUGAUCUACACGGGCUACUCGGGACAGAAGUUCUUCCUCGAAUGGGGACUCCAGGGCUACAACCUGCUCUUCACGGCUUUGCCGAUCGUCCUGGUGAGCACCUUCGAGCAGGAUGUGCCUGCGUGCCUCGCGCACAACUACCCGCUGCUUUACCGAAUCGGCCAGGAGAACACAAACUUCAACACGAAGGUCGUGUGGGCCUGGAUCACGUCGUGUGUGUGGGAGUCGCUCAUCAUCUGCUUCGGCGUCGUGUACGGCAUGCGUUAUUUGGUUACUGGAGGAGACACACCCACGAUGUGGGUUUACGGAUGUACAUCGUUCACGAUUGUGCUGAUCGUGGUGACGCUGAAACUUUGUCUGCACCAGCAGAUGUGGUGGCCAAUCCACAUCGCCAUCUACAUCGGAUCUUUCAUGCUUUGGAUCGGCACAGCUGCCUUCAUUUCCCACGGCAGGUCCAUCAGCUCGUCCUACUGGAAUGGAGUGUUCUCGAACACGUUCCGCAUUGAUGCGUUUUGGCUGGUGGUGCCGCUGCUCGUCGUCGCAGCGCUGUCACGUGACUUCAUGUGGAAGGGCUACAUGCGGAUGUUCAGGCCAUCGUACAAGCACCUGGCACAAGAAGUGUGUGCCUUUAACCUCACACAUAUCGCGGAUCAACUACUCACGUUCCCGCCAGCAGAGAAGAUCCCGGAGGACGCUUAUGGCGGCGAGGCUGGUCGCGUCGCCGCUGGUUCUGUCCUGACGUCGAGCAUGCGCGAUACAACUGUGAGCAAGCCCGUCGCCCCUGCAGUCGUCAUGGCGCCGCGUCCGCUCAUUGGACGUCUUGGAAGCCGCCGCUCAACUACAAGAGGCAGCGCCUUCAGCUACGACGCCGAGAGCGUUAUGGUGGAGUCGUUCAUGUCCACGGACAGGUACGCACGCGACGCUAAGAGAACCAAGUCCAUCUUCGACCGCCACGCAAGCCGCGGCUCGUUGGCGUUCCACCGCCUGCCGUCCGACUCCGAUGGAGAUCUCGAGGGACUGGCGGAAAGCACCCGUCCCACGCAAACGCGUUCCGGACGAGCAGCCACGACUGCGGAUGUAUCCCCACGACGAUCAGCUGGCAACAUUUUCCGCGGAGCCCGUCACGGUCAAGGACGAAGACGUUUCUUCUCGGUGUCGGCGCUCUCGGGUGAUACAGCGUCAGGUCGAGCACGCGAGAACGCCACCGUCAACGCAGGAGGUCGAGCUCGGCCACCGGCGUUGAAUCCUCUGGCUGAGAACGUGACCGUGAGCGACGCCGACUCGGACGGACUGCGCAGCUUCCAUCGCCCGUCGACCAGCCGUCUGAGGACUCGGGGCUUCGAAAACCGCGCCAUGUCCAACGACGAUGUGUCGUAUCACGCCCACGGCGACAGUACCAGCGUACCGCGCUCUCCUCUCGUGCGACGCUACACGAACCGAAGCAUAGUAUCGAAUAUGUAAGGCAGACGAUGGAUAGGAAACAACAACUAAAUACAUAAAAACACUUUGAACAGCU